UCCAAGAUGGCAGCGCCCAUUGAAGAUUUAGAUUUUAAUCCUUUCUUUAGAAAUUUGCAGACAAAAUUUGAGGCUGUCUACCGUGACGCGCAACAACGCUGCUGCCUCAUAUGUGUACCUAGCACCCAAGCCAUAUGUGAUAUAAAUAUCACUGAACAAUUUAUUGAGUCUCACAUUUUCCGCCCAUCACCAUAUUUUCGUGGGCAGUACAUCAGUCUUGACAAGAAUGACGAAAAAACUAUCAAGAUUGAAGAUGGAGUGAUAAAAUCUGUGCAAGGUUUUCGAAAUUCGUUUAAAAUGAAGAUCAUAGGUGAAGAAUUGGGAUACAAUAAUGACUUCAAAACCUAUAGGAUAGUAAUUGUGGAUGGAAUUAUUGCCGAAAUAUUCAAACGGGUGACCACAUCACAAGAGCAGUUAGACCUUAUCAAACUUGACCGCUCUUCGAUGGGGAGCGUCCAUUCAGACUGCCGGGAGUUUCUGGCUAGGCUGCCUGCAGCGGAACGCCUGCUGAGAAGCUUGGACGCACAAGCGCAGAGCUUCAGUGACACGUACAUGGUUCUGGAGGCGUAUCUCGACGACGCGGCACGUAAAGUGCGCCAGAUCUGCGCCAACUGUGCGCAGGAUUAUUUGCACCGAAAUCCAGAAUAUGCAGAAGGACCCGAUGUGAAGGCGUUAGAAGCAGCAAUUGAGAGCUGCGUUACCCACGCACUCCACAGGAAGGUCUAUUCGGUUGUUAAACGUCACCUGGCAGCAGCCGACAGUGACUUGCAGCGACGGCUGGAGGCAUUUCGUGCGAUGACGCUAGCCCAGCUGGAGGUUCGCAGUGAGCUGUGGUUUCCCUACACGAACGCAGGGCCUAUGCCCUAGCAGCAGACG